CUGGUAAAGAAAUAUUAGACAACCAUUGCCAUUUUGAUAAUGAAAAUGGAGUGGUGACAUUGCACCCAUCUCCAGAAAGCAAAACUUUGGUUAAUGGCAUGCGAAUAAAUAGGCCAAAGAAGUUGAAAUCGGAAUUUUAUAUCACCCUUGGAAAUUUUCAUGUAUUCAGGUUUAGUAAUCCUGAAGAUGUUAGAAGUGAACGUAAACCUUCUUUGCAAAUCAAUUCAUACACCAUAAGAGAAAUGGCACUUAACUAUUUGAACUAUACCGGCGGUCCAGUUCUUAGCUCUUUGUCAGAUGAAGAUCCUCAGAGACGCAUGGAUGAUUUAAGAAAGAUCCAAAAUGCUAAAAAGGUUUGUUCUGAUAGUCUAAGUGACAAUUUUGAUGACACUGCAUCAGAAAAAACUGAAGAGAAAGUUAGAGUCAUCAAAGAAAAGAUGCAACGAGAACUCGAUUUACAAAAGCAACAAUAUGAAGAAAAAAUAAAACUAUAA